CGCUGCUGCCGCCGGCGCUGCCGCCCCGGUGCCGCUCCUGACCCCCAUCCCGAGCCCCAUCCCGACCCCGCGGCGAUGUCCGAGCGGCAGCGGCCCCGGCGCGGCCCCAGCCGGCACUCGGGGCGCUGCGCCGGGCCCUGAGCGCCCGCGGCCCCGCAGAGCCGCGGCCGGCGAGGCCCGGAGCGCCCGGCCGAGGAUGGGGAUCCUCUUCACCAGGAUAUGGAGGCUCUUCAACCACCAGGAGCACAAAGUGAUCAUUGUGGGCCUGGACAAUGCAGGGAAAACGACCAUUCUGUACCAAUUCUCCAUGAACGAGGUGGUUCACACCUCUCCCACCAUCGGGAGCAACGUGGAGGAGAUCGUGGUGAACAACACGCGCUUCCUGAUGUGGGACAUCGGGGGCCAGGAGUCCCUGCGCUCCUCCUGGAACACCUACUACACCAACACCGAGUUUGUGAUAAUUGUGGUGGACAGCACAGACAGAGAGAGAAUUUCUGUGACUAAAGAAGAGCUGUAUAAAAUGUUAGCACAUGAGGACUUGAAAAAAGCAGGAUUGCUGAUCUUUGCUAACAAGCAGGAUGUGAAGGAGUGCAUGACCGUAGCUGAAAUCUCCCAGUUCCUGAAGCUGACUUCGAUUAAGGAUCACCAGUGGCACAUUCAGGCCUGCUGUGCUCUCACUGGAGAGGGACUGUGCCAAGGCCUGGAGUGGAUGAUGUCCCGGCUGAAGAUCAGAUGAUUUUUAAUGACCUCUUUGCACAGACAUUGCUUCAGCAGAGCUGUACCAGUGGCAGAAUGGUGGGGUGGAUGUAUUUAUACUGAACUGAUUGCAACUGUAUUUUCUACAUAGCUGCACACACACACACACACACACACACGGACAGGAAUUGGGAGCAGGCACGAGAGCAAAGGUGCACUUUGGGCUCCGGUUUGGUUCGGGUUCCUCGGAGGAUGCGUUCAAAGCUGUGACCAAUCUUUUUUUCAAGCUGCCCCUCGGAACAGUCCAGCCUUGGGCGUGGGGAGGAUGAAGCACGAGGAAGGAGCUUUUAAUUCAGAAUUUUAUUAUCCCGUUGUAGCCCUCUCUAGUGGAAGUUGUUGGCUUCAUUAUUCCAGCGAGCGAAUCACCGGCAUAGGUAUCGACUCUCCAGUAUUUUCAAGGUUGCUGAUGUUACAAAUGCAAAACUCUUUUCCUGUAUGUGUACUGUACAUAUUUGUGUAUAUUUAUACCUCAGUCCUAGGUUAAUUGCAAUCUGCUCAGACCAGUGUAAAGCUGCAUCAGUAUGUUGGCAGUAGUACUGCUCUGUGACACGGCCAUGUCCCCGUGUCACCAGUCCUGUCCCUCUGUGUCCAUACAGCUGUAACGUCAAUCACACAUUGGGUCUCCAACACCUGAUAAACAAACUCUCUCUUCAGCCCAUUGCUUGUUUUUCCACAUGAUUUUUUCAUUAGGGUGGAGGCUGGAAUGGAUUGGGGCACACGAUUGAGCUUGGAAUUCCAGUGUUGGCAAAUGUUACAAAUUUGCCAAACAGUUUCAAAUGCAAUGGAUUUUCCUCUUUUUAUUGUGGUCAUCAUUGAGUUAGGUGAUGCUGCAGGUCCUGCCCUCUGCUCUCCUUCUCUGCUGUGCUGGUUGAUUCAAGUCUGGCAGAAGUACCUUUAGCUGUCAAAAAGGGAAAAGUAUCUUUUUUUUUCUUAACCAAAAAAGAGGCACAAAAGUAUGAAAGUCCCACUGGAAUCGGACAAGUCAGACUCUAAUGAAGCGUUUUUCAGAGGAAAAACUCCCUUUGCUUCAUAAAAUGUGCAGAUAUUAAAAUGUGCAGAUAUAUCAAUAUGCAGUGGAGGGGGCUGGAUGGGGACAAACCAGAUGACACUACUUGAAAAGCUCCAAGUGACCCACACGAGUUCCAGGGCAGAACUUCUUGAAAGCAGAACUCCCUUGCAUGGUCCCCAAGCAGUGUGAGAACACUAGGAUCACCUUUCCCUGCUGCAGCACCUGCUGGGAUGGCUGUCCCAGGCAGAAGGGGAUGAGAAUUCCCACUUCAGAGGAUCCAGGCAGUUGGGAUUGCAGUGGGAUGGUUCGAAGUGUCAGGCUCUUCUGUAGGAGAUGCAUUGGGAGUUCAGCAAAAUCAAACAAAACUGCUGAGAAUGUUCUUCCCUUUCUCAGUCCCUGUGUCUGGUAAGGAUGGAAAAAGCAUUUAAAAGACAUUUUAAAGCUUAGUUUGAACUUCCUGAGGUGCUUCUCUUUGGUUCUGGGAUAAUCUGGUCAGCUCCUGCCUUCCCACCCGCCUGCCUCCCUGGGAGGACAAGAAUCCCGGGGAAAGGAGGGGAGGCAGUCUCAAAGUCUGUAUUUAACAAAGGCAGGUAAAGAAUUUAACUUUUUAAUCUAUUUUUGGUAUCUCCAAUGCUCCCUGGCUGGGGGAUCUGCUGUCUUUGUUAAACAUUAAGGUGUACAUGCAUUUAUCUCUAGUGCAUGCACAUAGAUCUUGGUAUUUAACUGGUGUAUUGCAAAAUGUAUCAAUGUUUGAAGAAUUAACAAUUUAAUGCAAAGACUCUCUCAGUUUCUCUGACAGUAUCUACAAGCAACGAGCUCUGUGCACACUUGCAUAUGAAAUGGAAUUGUACAUUUUCUAGUCUAAAAAAACAAAAAAAGAAAAAGCAGACUUGCUUCUAAACCCAAGUGUUUGGUUUUUGAGUCUUAUGUCUUCCCUGGGCUGAAUCCACACAGGCUGGGUGAGCUGGGGCUUGGUUGGUAAGAAAAGGAGUUGUUGCUGUUCAUGGUGGAGCAGUGCUGGGAUUUCUGCUGCUUGGCCAUACAUUUGUAGGAGUUCUCUGUCAGAUGAUGCAGGUGUGGUGGCUGCUGCACGUGUGGGCUGUGUUGCAAGCAGAUACUCUGUGUUUACACAUGAGUUGAGUUGGUUUUACUCUUUCCCUCCCCAUGCCACUUCCCCUUGCCGUGGCCUCUGAGGUUCACCUUGUCUUGGUUUCCCCAGUGGCCACAGGGCCCAGCAGGGCCUGGGAGUGACUGCACACCUCAGGACUGGCUGUCAAACAGGAUUUUCUGUACCCUGAGGGGUUUAUAAUGCAAAAAUUCAAUUGUUUUCUAUAUGUUGGUCAGUGAACAACCCAGUGUUAGCCUGACUGCAAACAUGUCGUGGGUGACUGUGAGCUUUCUGUGUAUUUUAUGGUUUUGAGGGCAAGUGUAACCAGAAUUCAGUGGUGGCUGAUGUUUCCUGACACGUUGUGGUGUUGUCCAGGGCUUUUGGGUUUUAAAUGCUGAUUUUUGAGUCUGUGGGGAUGGUGGGGUUUGUCAGCAGAGGUGACGAUUCCAGACUCACCUGGAAUAGUUGCUGUGAUUGAUUUCAGACUGAUGGAUUCCAGACUCUCACCUGGUCAUGGUUGCUGUGAUCAGUUCCAGACUCUCACCUGGUCAUGGUUGCUGUGAUGGUGCUUUGAAGGGCACGUGUGUGAACUUAGAAAUGUUUUAAAUUUAGUCACUGAGAAGAGCAGCCAAACUUUUGAUCUCUGGACCCCUUUGUGUUUUGUGGAAGUGCUCCUUGUUGACAGCUUUUUUUCUUUUCCCUGUAGGGCAAUUCCCAUUUUUCUCCCAGCUCUGUCCAUAGAAAAGCCAGGGAACUUUGCAUCAGUGCUGCUUCCACUCGGGGAUUGUUGGGCAGGGAUUGUUUUACCCUGAGCCAUGACCUUGGUGUGUGAUGCUGUUGUUUCAGCCUCGGGGUUCUGCUGCCUUGGCUUCCAGCUGAAGCUCAAGGUUUGCCUUUGUUCUCCAUGAAAUUCAUUCUUAGGAAAAGGGAGGGGCCUUCAAAAUGGUUAUUGAAGUUAUGCUGCAAAAUGGCAUUUUAGUAGCAAAAAAAAAGGUCAUAUAUCAAUAAUCUGAUACUUCAAAUGUUUCUUUUGGUUUAGCAGAUCAUCAGUUUGGUAGUUCAUCUCUGGAAUAUGCUGCCUCUGGCAUCUGGGAAUGAUACAGGUCUUUAAUUGUGAGGAGAGGUGGGAAAUAAACUUGGAGAAUAUGAA